UACAUUUAUCAUGGCGUUUUCUUCACAUUUCCUGAUUAUCUGGGCUCUACUCCUCUGCUUAUGUUCUGCUGAUGAAUAUUUCUCAGUCCCUGAUCAACAAUGGUCCAAACUUAGGCUGAUAACAAAUCCCACUUCAAAACUAACGGAGGACCCCACUCCAGCUAACAAGACAAAAGCUUGGCUUAAAGCACUGACAGUAGAACUUGAACCAACCAGUCUGACAAACACAAUAACAACCAAUUCCACUGCGGCAAUAACUUCUGAUCCUGUUGGGAAAAUCUCUGUAUCUGAACCAACUGCUCAGACCAACAUAUUAAAAUCACGGACUGCAGGGACCACAUCACCAAUUCCAACGACAGUUCCUACAAGAACAAUGACGUCUGAAACUUCGGAGACCACAUCAAGACAUGAAACAACAAAUCCCAUUGAAACGAUUACAUCUGCGACUGCUGAUGCAACCUCAGUAUCUGAAACAACCAGUGCAACUCAUUCAGCAACAUCUCAACCAGUACAGACCAAAUCAGCACCUGAACCAACCAAUCUGACUGGCACAGUAACUUCUGAGCCUAUUAAGAACACAACAGCAUAUCAACCAACCAAUCUGACUAACACAAUAACUUCUGAAACUGUUGAGACAACCUCUGUUUUUGAUCCAACUGCUCACACUGAAACAUUGACAUCACAACCUGCACAGUCCAUUUCACAUUCUAAGCCUACAAGUCCUGCAGACAUAGUAACAUCUGAGUCUGCUGGUAACACCCCACUAUCUGAAUCAAAAAGACCUACUCAUUCAUUGACAUCUGAGCCUGUAGAGACUACGUCAGAACCUCAACCAACCACUACCACUGACACAGUAACUUCUGAGACUGUUGCGACAACCUCGAUAUCUGAACCAACUACUCAGACUGAUACAGUAACUUCUGAGACUGUUGCGACCACCUCAGUGUCCGAACCAACUACUCCGACUGACACAUUAACAUCACAUCCUGCAGAAACCACAUCAACACCUGGAACUAAAUGUCCCACUGACACAGUAACUUCUGAGCCUGUAGAGACCACAUCAGCACCUCAACCAACUAAUCCCACUGACAAAAUAACUUCUGAGACUGUUGAGACAACCUCUGUAACUAAACCAACUGCUCACACUGACACAUUGACAUCACUUCCUGAAAAAAACACACCAAUACCUGGAACUGUAGACACAACAUCAGCACCUCAACAAACCAAUCCCACUGACAAACUAAGCUCUGAGACUGUUGAGACAAGCUCGGUAUCUGAACCAACUAGUCAGACUGACACAUUAACAUCACAACAUUCAGAGACCACAUCAGCACCUGGAACUACAGGUCCCACUGACACUGUAUCUUCUGAGCCUGUCGAGACCACAUCAGCACCUCAACCAACUAAUCCCACUGACAAAGCAACUUCUGAGACUGUUGACACAACCUCGGUAACUAAACCAACUAAUCCCACUGACAAAGUAACUUCUGAGACUGUUGGGACAACCUCGGUAUCUGAACCAACUACUCACACUGACACAUUGACAUCACAACCUGUGGAGACAAUUUCCUCACCUCAGCCUACGAGUCCUACAGACAUAUUAACAUCCGAGCCUGCUGGUACCACCCUACUGUCUGAAUCAUCGAGUCCAACCCAUUCAUUGACAUCUGAGCCUAUAGAGACUACGUCGGCACCUCAGCCAACCAUUCCCACUGUCACAGUAACUUCUGAGACUGUAGAGAAAACCUCUGUAUCUGAACAAACUGCUUACACUGACACAUUGAUAUCGAAACCUGCAGAGACCGUUUCCCCACCUCAGCCUACGAGUCCUACAGAAAUUGUCACGUCUGAAUCAACAAGUCCAACCCAUUCAUUGACAUCUGAGCCUAUAGAGACCACAUCAGCACCUCAAGAAAACCUCGGUAUCUGA